UACUUUUGCUGUCAUAUGGUGAAUAAUUUUCAUUAGUUUUCACAAGUUUUUAUUAGGUGUUUAUAUUUAAUUUGUGAUUGGCUUCAUUGUCUUAUUGAAUCUUCAAUUUGUUGUCGUUUUUAAGGUGUAGAAGUUUUCUGCGGAUGUUUUGAUUAAUCUCGUGUUGUAAAUGGGCCUUGCAUAUGAAUAGUUUGUUCUCGUUUCACCUGUUGUAUGCAUUGUUUGUGAAAUAAUGUUACCGUAUAGUUUAGCUAUUUUAAUCCCAUUUGUCGUGCUUUCAUCUCUUAUAGAGACAUAUAACUAUUCAGAAUGGUGACGCAUUACCUGAGCUGCAGCAGUGCAACAAGUGUUGCAGCAAUUAUCACUGCCCUUUUUGCGCGGCCAGCGUGUUUAAGCCAGCCAAACUGGUCAAAUUAAAAACCCAUCUUCAAAGCCACUUUAACAAGGCAGUAGUCUGUGGAGGCUAUACUAUACACAGAUGUGGACUAGGAUGUAGACCAGCUCUACAUCACCACUGUCCAUACUGUGAAACAACAAUUUUAAAGAGAGGUGAUUUUGAAAAACAUGUACAGGUUUGCAAAAAAACCCCACCUCCAACUUCAGCCACAAUUCCAUCUCCAACCACUGCAGCAUUGACCACACCAGCUGUGAGAGGGAAACCAUCUCCUACCACUGCAGUUCUGACCACACCAUCUCCAACCACUGCAGUGCCAACUACACCAGCAGUCUUCUCAGGAAGGGUUUGUGUAAGGCCUGUGAUCAGAAAAAGAUGCCCAGUUUCGGACAUCUCUAUAGACGAGCUAGUCCCCACAGACAUUGAGAUGGAGCAUGUUACCCCGACAUCAAUGACGGUCCCAACCAGUACAGAAACUGAAAUGGUGUGUAAUUAUAAAUGCCUGUCUGCCAGUAGAGAUUGUUGGGAUUGUGUGCCAACUCAUAGGCAAUCAGUAAUGCUUGAAUGGGCUUUGGGGACAGGCGACCAAGAUGAGACAAUUGCUGAAGUUGGAAACGUGGUUCUGAAAAGAAAAGAUUUCUGGACUCUCGGUCUCAAUGAGCAGUUGGAGGCAACACAAGAUGACAGCCAAAAUUGCACCUGGAACAUGGAUGCUAAUAAAAAACAAGGAUAUCCCCCAACAGAUUGGUGGUGUGGACUGUGGAGUCUUCAUGUUGAUGUAUGCUCUACAUCUUGCCUUGGGAGCACCCUUUGAUUUUACAUCUUGUGACAUGCCAAAGAUUCGGAGAUGGUGGACUCUAAUUCUUUUAGAGAACUUUGGGGUUUUCUCUGAAAGUGCAGAUACCCUUCAAGAGGCUCUUCCACACAGAGAACCAGCUGAGCUUAGCAGCAGUGAGGAGCUACCAGUAAUCCGAGACAUGGCAGAAGCUGUGAAAUGGAUUGAUUCCAAUAACCAUCUGCUCAGAGGGCCGGUGGAAGAGCCUCUUUUCCUCACCAUGACUGAGGAGGAAAAGGAAAAGGCCCUCAAUGAUCUCAGUGAAAGCACAGACUCUUCGAGGGAGCCCUUUACGUUUCUUUUUCAGUUCAGGGAUGACAUGGAAUUAGUUAUACAAGAAUGUCAUGACAAAAUGGGCCUAAAACUGAACUGUUCAUUUGAUACAUUUUAAUUUAAAUUAAUGCCAUAUGGUCAUGACAAUGUGUGAAUUGUUUGUUUUGUAAAUUGUCAUUUUCAUUUUAUACAAAAUUGUCAUGGCAAAUUGUUUAGCAAGUUUAUUCCAUAAACUUUAAUUAUCUAGUUUUUGAUUUGUUUCUUUUAAAAUUUUGUGUGUUUGAAGAUUUUUACAGCAAUGUUUUAAUUUUUUUGUAGUGAAAUGCAUGAUA